GCAGUGCUCCUCGUCUGCUCCGGUAUCCAGGCGCUUGGCACGGGAGCAGCUGUAGUGCAUUUGCAAAUCCUCCAUGUAGGAUCUCAAUAUAGAUUUUUUUCUUUUUUUUUUUGCCAAACGCAUGGCUUAUAUAUACAAGGAAAUAAAAUAAUAUAUAUUUUUGUCGGUUUUGCAAUAAGAAAAGGUUUUAAUUAUUUUGUUCCCUGACCUUGAAUGUCAUUAGGAGGAUCUUAAUUCAUUAAUAAGGUUGUAGUUGGACUAUCGUCUGAAAGAAUGGAGAUGGUAACGCAUUUCAUAAAUGACACCAUAGAAUUCUACAAAUGGGGCUUGACCAUAGCAGACAAGCGGGUGGAGAAGUGGCCGUUGAUGCAGUCUCCUCUUCCCACGUUGACAAUUAGCACUCUUUAUCUUCUGUUCAUAUGGCUUGGCCCAAAGUGGGUGCAGAACAGAGAGCCCUUUCAGUUGAGAUCCAUACUCAUCGUCUAUAAUUUUGGCAUGGUAAUACUGAAUUUCUUCAUCUGCAAAGAGCUCUUUCUUGCUGCAAGAGCUGCGGGUUACAGUUACAUUUGUCAACCGGUCAACUAUUCUGACGAUCCCAACGAAGUGAGGAUAGCUGCCGCCUUGUGGUGGUACUACGUCUCUAAAGGAGUGGAGUAUUUAGACACUGUGUUUUUCAUCCUGCGCAAGAAAUUUAACCAGGUCAGCUUUCUGCACGUCUACCACCACUGCACAAUGUUCACCCUCUGGUGGAUUGGCAUCAAGUGGGUGGCUGGAGGGCAAUCUUUUUUCGGAGCUCACAUGAAUGCGUUCAUUCACGUUAUAAUGUAUCUGUACUAUGGGCUCGCAGCUUGUGGUCCAAAGAUCCAGAAAUAUCUAUGGUGGAAGAAAUACUUGACAAUUAUACAGAUGAUUCAGUUCCACGUCACCAUCGGUCACACAGCCCUGUCCCUCUACAUCGACUGCCCUUUCCCCAAGUGGAUGCACUGGGCUCUGAUUGCGUACGCCGUCACCUUCAUUGUCCUGUUUGCCAACUUCUAUUACCAGACGUACAGGCAUCCGAAGAAGGACUUCUCCUCUAAAGGCGGCAAAGCGGCCGUCAAUGGUGCAGCCCCGGCGGCCGUCAAUGGGCUCGGCAAGCAAGAGAGCAAGGCGCUGGUGGAAAAUGGCAGGAAGAAGAAGAAAGGAAAAGCAAAGCGGGAAUGAAAUGAGUAAGCCGGCCUUACCAAAGCGGGUGGCUUGAGAAACGAAACCAAGAAAAAUCCCAGAUUUAUAGGCGGGAAGGGAAAAGGUCUAGCCAGACCACAGGCUGUGCAGAUUUGUGUUCAUUUCCAAGUUGGUCAGGUUGGUCAAGAGGGGAUACUAAUAGGGUAUCUUGUUCUGAUAUUUGGGAUUCAGAUUAUGGCAUCAUAGAAUAACAGUUUUAGUGACAAAAGGUAUACUUUUAUUUAAAGGGAUAUUUUGUUUUUUUUAUUCUGGAUUAAUGUUUUUAAACAAUUCAGGGAAUCAUGUAAACAAGACUGGCAUGCAGUUAGAUUUUAUCCACAAAAACAGCUUUAAAUUGAACAAUGUCUAGUAGAAACCACAUGGCUGAAGCAUUCAUUUUCUUGCAUCUGUAAUGUGUGAUAUUCCAUUUUACAUUAUACAACAAUUGUAUUUUGGUUGUUUUUUUUUUGUCAUUGCUUUAAAUCCUUCCCAGUGGUUACCCAAUUGUUCUGUAAUUUUUCCAGUUUUGAAGACCAUCCUUUCUGCAUAAAUGGGACUACACUUCACCAGUGAGCGAUAGUCAUGUCUUUAUGCUCAAAAAUCAUUCCAGCCUCAUGUUAUAGUUUAGCACAUGAACUGCAAUCCUCAGCGUUAAGGUUGGAUUGUAGCUGUAUUUAGCUGUGUGUAAAACAUCUCUCAGAGGGCAGCAGGAAUUGCUGAUUGUUGGGUUUCUUUUUUGUACUUCCUGCUGUGAGCAUUUCUUUCAGCACUCAAUAACAGCAGUGGUCACUGUUGUUUUUAACGUUCCAGUGUGUCUCACAAGGCACCAGAUCACAGCUCGCAACAGUUACUUCCUUACAUAUAUAUUUUCAUUAGACCCUGAGAUUUUGGUCAUUUUUCAAUGAUGCAGCACAAUGGGUAAAACACUUAGAGAAGGGAGUCUAAUUUAAUAAGAGGUCAUAAAAUUGUGCUGCAGAUUUUUCUGCAUACUAAAGAAGAAUGAGUGAAUAUCUGGGCUAUCCUUUGCCACAUACUAGCUUAAGAAGUCUUUGUGCUGUGUUGUAUUGCAUUAUAUCAUAUCACACUGUGUAUAUUAAAAGUGUUUUUUUUUCCUAUUUCUACGUUUCCUUAAUGCGAGAUGGGAUUGGUGGGCAUGUGAGUACAGUUGGUGCAUCGAAAGCAUUUAGACAUUUACAGUAGGACGUACAGUGAAAAUGACGAUGUAGAGGUGAAGCACAUUGCCCAGUUUAAGAUGAAACCUUUGCCAAAAUAUAUACGGUUUCAUGAGAGCAGGAAAAAAAAAAGCAAUUUGAAACAGUGGUCCGUUUUGCGUAAAAUAAUUCUGUUGCAAAUCUGACUGCCUCCAGAAGUAAAUAAUGUUCAUACUAUUCAUAUCUGUAACAAGUCCCUGUUUCAUUGCAUGCCUUGCCAUGUAUUUGUUUUGCUGUAAAGGGCUCCAUUACAAAAGGGGUAAUGAUUUUAAAACCGUGUCUUGGGUUAAGUUAAAGUAAAUCUGAUCAACCCCUUGUCAUGUUGUAUCUCAGUAUCUCUAGUGUAGAUGCUGCAAGUUGCUUCGAACAGGAGCUGACCUGUUUGUAAUAGGAUCCAAUUCAUUAUCAUUAUAGACCAUUGUUUUGGCAUUUUUGUAUGAAAGCCUAAGCAGUUGCAGGAGAUACCCGUUUCUUCAGCUAAUGAGUAUUCUUGUAGAGGCAAUGUGAUCCGUUUUAAUGGUGUAAUGCCCAACAGCCAUGUACUGUCGCAUCUUUGCUGUAUAAAGUGGGGCUAAAACAACUCAUCCACAGCAAGAGAGACAGUAAACAUUUUGAGUAAUCUACAAUGUAGCCGUUGAGGUUAUAUGUACUGUAUAUGUUUUUUUUUUUUUAGUCUGUGGUACUCUGCUCCCUUUACGUGGUGAUGAAGGGCACCAAUACUCAUGAAAUAUUCCAUUCAUGUGUUUGCAAUGGGCAAUCUAAUGCCUAUGUGAUAUGUGUUCUUAGUAUUAGGGGAUAAGCAUGCUCAAUUGUUUGGUUUCCUUUUAAUUAAUAGCGUGUAAAAUAGGAUUACUCAAUCUGCAUUUAUUUGUUUCUCUUUUCUGAAUAGACGCUUUACUGUCAGCACAUCAGAACAGUUAAUCCGUAAUAAAAGGAUGAGUUGGUUGUACCUCA